CCAGGACGUGGGGCGUCAGCAAAAGGGUCCAGCGUGCCCUGGAGCAGAGCCUGGCUCCUGCCGUGCACCCGCCCCGCUCCCACCCAGCUGUCUCGUGCCCUGCACCCGCCCUGCUCCUGCCUGGCACCCGCCCAGCACCCAGCUGCCUCCCACCUUGCACCCGCCCCGCUCCCACCCUGCACCCGGCUGCCUCAUGCCCUGCUCCCGCCCUGCUCCUGCUCUGCACCCACGUGGCACCCGGGUGCCUCCUGCCCAGCUCCCACCCAGUCCCUGCCUUGCUCCCGCCCAGCACCCAGCUACCUCCUGCCUGGCACCCACCCAGCAGCCAGCUGUCUCUCACCUUGCAUCCGGCUGCCUCCUGCCUGGCACCCACUCAGCAGCCUCCCAUCUUGCACCUACUUGGCUCCUGCCCCACUUCUGCCUGGCUCCUGCCCGGCACCCGCUUAGCACCCAGCUACCUCCCGCCUUGCACCCACCUGGCUCCUGCCCGGCUCUUGGCCUGCACCCACACGGCUCUUAGCUGCCUCCUGCCUGGCCCCUGCCCUGCACUUGCCUGGCUCCCAUCCUGCUCCUAGCUGCUUCCGGCUGGCUCCCACCCAUCACCCACCUUUCUCCCGCCCUGCACCUGCCUGGCAGCAUAUGGGGACCAAGUUGCUGGAGCCAGGAUCUGGCCCUUGGCACCAUGGGGCUGGGCCCUGGUGCCUGGAUGGAGCCCCAUAGGGUCCCUGGCUCCAGUUGCACAAACAGGUGCCAUAGUUGGCCGCUCGCUGGACACCGCCCGGGCAGGAGGGAAGCUGGUGCUAUUUCUAUACACUCCUCUUUCAGGGCAGCACUUUCAGUGCAUGCCCAUCAGGCCGGCAGCACCCAGCCAGCAAGAGCAGAAUAAGGCCAAUCUGCUCUCCCCAGGGCUGCAUUGUUAACACAGCGUCCGUCCUCCGGCGCCCCUUGGGGAAGCCUGCAGGGACAGUGGCCAUGGAGGCCAUGGCCAAAGUUGCAGUUUGCUGCUGCCAUCGCCUCCUGCAGCGCGAUGUCGCUGCUGCUGCUGUUUUGCAAAGAGCCUGGAAAGCCCAGAGGCAGCUGUUAGCACAGCUCCAGGGAGCCCUGCUGCUGCUAGCUUUCAUGCUGAAAAAUUCAACAGCUUGUUUAAAUAUUAAACCUUCCCCAUCCUGUUAUUGAUUGACUGAGGCACCCCUGGUGCCACUGCUCAGGCUGGGGCCUGUGACACAGGAACCCUGGUGAUGUGGACACCUGAACUCCUGGGGGCAGGUGGAGGGCCUUAUGCCCAUUUCCCACUGGGGACCGCAGGGGCGGCUGCUGUAUAAAAACCCUAGAGAGACCCUGGCUCUAACGCAGCUGGUAUGGUAGCAGCUCAGUCACCCACAGCUCCACAGCAAACCCCUGAGCAGGGCGCAUUCUGCGGGGGCCUGGCCCAGCCUCGAGGCUAAGGGGGCAGGGGCUAACGGGGCUUUUCCUCAGGCCUCAGAUCGCUCCUGGCUGCAGCAGUAGAGGGGGAGGGUAGCAGAAACACAGGCUGCUCCCGUUAUCAGCUGGUGCAGGGGCUGUUGGUCGAGGGGAGGCAGGGGGUGUGGGCCUGCCCUGCACCCUGAAGGGUGUUGUGGGUACUGUCCUUUGCCUGGCAGAGGCCCUUGGCUCUGGCUCCCACCAUGACACCUCUCUGUCUGCUCCUCCCGGCUUAAUGAGAAUUUGCAAGAACAGAGGGUCCCCCUUCCGGAGGCCUAAUAAAUAUUUAUAGAGUGGUCAGUUGCAUCUUCGCAUGGUAAGUGGAAGUUCAUGAAUAAUGCAAAAGCUCAGCCCCUCUGCUUGUGGAUGAGCAGAGAAAUGAUAAGAGGGUCCGGCAGCAUGACUGGGCGCAUAGUGCGCGUUGGGGGGAUCCCAACAGACCUCCCGCCAGAGAGAGUUGCCGACAAGCUCACCAUCCAUUUCCUGCGUGCCCGCAACGGCGGCGGAGAGAUCGCAGACAUUGCACUCGUCGCUGGCCCCCCUGCCUGCGCCCUCGUCACCUUUGAGGAAUCGGGAGUGGCUCAGAGGGUCCUGGAGGUGGAGAAGCAUGUUUUGUUGGUUGGUGGAAAGACGUACCCGCUGACAGUGACAGCGCACGCAGCCGAGCUGAGCCCUGAUGAGAUCUUCGUGCGUGUUUGUAUGAUCAUAGACUACGGGAGGCUCCUGGAUGGCAAAACGCUCCUGAGAAGCCUGCGCAAACAUUACGGUGCCGUGCAGUUCAGCUUUGACCCUAAGGAGACGCUGUGCACGGUCAAGGGGCCGUUCACGGAGCUGCAGGCCUUCAGCAAGGAGCUGCUAAGGACCCAGCAAGCUGGAGAGGCCCCACCAGAGGGAGUCAGCCACCCCGCCACAGGCACAGCGAUGUCUGCUUCCCAGCAGACGCCCGGCUCCCCCUUGCCAGAGCCCAGGGUGGAGAAGCAGCCAAGUCCGGGCCAGGUGCAUGAGGAGGCGUCUGAGCCUCCGUUACGCAGGGACCCUGUGGACGGAGAAGCUGUGGAGCAGCUGGAGGACUUCUCUUUGGUGAUGGAUGCAGAUAUCUACCUGUACAUGCAGAAGUUCUGCAGCGACAAAUACCAGCGGGUGCUGCACCAGCACCAGGUCGACGUGGUGGACUUCAGCAGCGACGGCAUUGCCAUUCUCUACCUCCAGGCCUCCUCCAAGAACAUGGGGGACAUCAGCUCCGUGGUGCAAGCUCGCCUGGCACUGCUGCGCCUCUAUCAGCAGCUGGAAGCCUCUCUGCGCAAGGAGAAGAUCAGCAAGGGGGAGCUGAGCAGUGACAUGCGGUCUCAGAGGGCCUUGCUAGAGGACCUGGAGAAACUGUGCCCCCUGCUCCUUUGUCACGAAGAUGAGCGGCAUCUCUAUCUCAUCGGGAAUCUGGUCGAUGUCUCCCAGGCCAAACAAUACAUCCAAGAUCGAAGCCCUGGGAGAACAGCCACAGCCGACCUCAGGACGUCCAACACCUCCCUGGCCACCUACACAGCCACCCUUCGUGGAGGGGAUGCCAGACUGGGCACGGAUCCUUCACCCCCAAGACUGAGCCCUGGCAAGUUUGAGUUUAAAGGUGAACACAAGCUAGCUGCCAACUUCAGCUUCCUAAAGCACAACGCGGCUCUUUCCAGUGCAUGCCCCUCGCUGGAUCGCAGCUCCCUGUUCACAGAGCAGAUGCAGCUUUCUGGAAGCUGGUUAAAGGAAGCUGGCGCCCCGAGCCAGAGCGAUCCAGCACCACCGAGCGGUCAGCACCAUCUGCCCGUCUCUGCGGCCAUCACUGGGCCAGCGGCAGAGGCUCAGCAGAAGGAACUGAAGGAUUGGGACUGGAGGAAGGGGCCCCCCCUGCUCUUGAGACCCAAGACGCCGUCUCUGCUUGCUGGAGGCAAAGAAAGCAGCACUUUGCAGAGUCUCGGGGGCUGGAAGAGCCCCGGUCCCGUAAAGCCUCAGCCUAUUAGCAGCGCGUCUAGUGCCUUCAAAUCCUUGAGCCUUUUCGAUACUACGGGGACCUGUUCAGCACUAGAUUCCAAAGCGCCCGAGUCUAGCGCCCCGCUGAGACGCUCCAAUAGUUUCUCCAUUCCAAAGUCUAAGGCAGGCGACACGCCCAGAGACCCCAGCAGGGCAGCCAGUGGGGUCAGCGAGGAGAUCAGCAUGGAUCCUGUGCACUGGGCUUAUCUGAAAGAGAUUCAUGGCUCUGCUAUUGGCAGGCUGUGCAGGGAGCGAGGCGUUGUGCUUGCAGAGCGCAGCAGCAAAGGCUGCACCGUGCUGACGCUCACAGCUGAGGACAGGACAAAGCUCCUCCAAGCCAGGUGGAAGAUGGAGGCUCUGUGCCAGACGGUGUGUCCUGCUCUCGUAUGCCAGAGCCUGAGCUACUCCGAACUCGAUGUGGAGGGGCCCAGCGACGAGGCUUUGAAUGAGCUGUGUAGCCUCUUGAAAGGAUGCUCUGCCCAGGUCAGAGUCAGCAAAGACAGGUACAAACUGCAUCUCAUGUGCCCCAAGGAAACACUGCAGAGGGCCAAUGAGGCCUUCCAGAGAUUCUCUGCCAGGAGGCGAAGUGCUCUGACACUUGCUUCCCCGUCUCCAGGGCUGGAGGGAUCUCCGGCCGAGGAAUAUCCAAGCCCCACGCAGCAGGUGAAAACCCAGGACCCAGUGCUGGCUGCAGAAUAUCUCCAUGGCCGGGAGGGACUGCAGCAGCUGGAGGUUAGCAGCACAGCCGGCCUGUCUGACGUUUCGGAGAGCACCCCCGAGCUGAAUGGUGCUGACAACAUGAGGCUGUAUGGGCCCGGGUGGAAUGGCACGAGAACCAGCAGCUACCAGCAGGCACUGGGGCAGGAGGACCCAAGUUACCCCAGCGACUCACAGGACGUGAAUGGGAGUGGCCUCCUUGAUGCCAGCUUGGCAGGCUGGCAGAGUCUCAGCCCAGGGGACCCCCAGGAGCUGCAGAAGGGGGAGAGGCCAGCUGGAGAGUCCGAGACGGCCAGGAUAAAGCGCGUCCUGCCUGACAGAUUCCAGUUCGCAAGAGACAAGAGUCGAGGAGACCCCAGUGAAGCAGGGGGAAGCCCGAGGCCCCCUGCUCAUGCAGCAGACGGCGCCCCGCAGUCCUUGCCCAUCUGGCUGUGUAGCUCUGGGACUGUCCUGCCAGCUAGGGCUGCAGAACGAGCCUCCAAGCCAGGCCAGGGGGACUCAGUAGGAGAUGGGGACUCACAGGAGACGGCAAUUUCAGAGCUGGAGCUAAGAGGUCCCAGCCCUGAGCAGGGAGCCCAAGAGCACAAGCUUGGGAAUUGUGAUGCAUGCCAGAGCUUGUGCACAGUGACCUGCUGUGCCCAGUGUGGCCACUCUCUGUGCCGGACUUGUUUUGCAGCCGAAGACAUGCACCCAGCCUGCUGCAGCUCCCCCAAGAGAGCCAGGGCUAUUAAAGGGACAUUCAAGGUCGUGACUUUGUCCCACAGCCUGGCCGGCUACUUUCGAGACCCAACGCUCAAGAUCGUCUACGACAUCCCUGAUGGUGUGCAGGAGGCUGGAGACCCCCAGCCCGGGAGACCGUACAGGGGUGGUCGCUUCCAGGCCUUCCUGCCCGACAACAGGGAGGGGAAGAAGACGUCUCAGCUGCUGCAGAAAGCGUUUGAGCAGGGCCUGACCUUCCAGAUCCAAUCCUGUGACGGGGAGGAGAGAGUGACGUGGCACCUCAUCCCCCACAAAACCUCUUUUGACAAGGGCAAGGCCAGGAAUGGCUACCCGGAUUCCCAGUACCUCCGCGAGGUCAGCGCUCUGCUGAGAAACUUGGGCAUCGAGUGAAACUUCCAAUGCUGAGGUGCCAAAAGCUGCUUCCUAGUCCCAGCCAGGCUCAGCCCAGCUGGCACAAGCCACGUUCAGUACUGAGCCGCUCAGGACAGUGCCAGUUUUUCGCAGCGUGGGCUUCACCUCCACCACACCCUUUGCUAGCCCGGAAUUCCUGUGCCAAGUGUGAAGCGCACUGAGAACCGAGACAUCUAGCGGCAGCAUCUCACCGGCACCCGCCCUUGCUCUUGCUGAGUGGAAGUAAAACCUGCCGCCAGCUCCAGCUCCCACUUGGAUUUAGCUUGUUAACCAGCCGCAGCUCCUAGCACAGCAUGUUUCGGCAUCAGUGAACAACGAGCAUUACAGGCCGAGUCAUCCCCAGCUUCCAGCCCGAUGCUAAUCUCCAGUGGAGACACGUCUGGUUGCAGGAAGGGUCGACCUGGAACAUCCCAGUUCUGCCUUUGGGGGGCUGGGAGUUGCCCGUCUUUCUAGUGUUCAGUGCUUCUGGAAUAGCACUUGCUAACUUGGGCGUUUCAUUCCUUGGACAGACAGUCCGGAGCUCCCGUCCCAUCCCCAGCGCCUGUUCUAGGGAGGGCAGGGAGCUCUCUGGAGGAGCAUCAAUAACCUUUCUGCUUCUAAUGCACGUCUAGCCCUGUGGGACCAUAGCCCAGACCCGCAGUGCUCCUUUACACAUUCAUUGUUACUUUGCAUUCCAUGUAACUGGAGGAGAAUCCCAAAUAAACGAGUCUCAUUCCCCAUCC